AUUAAAGGGUUUGCAGGCCCAGUGCGUUUCGGGAUAGAGGUGACAUUAAACCGAAGUAGCAGUGCUGAGAGUCUUUAGAGUCAGAAAAUAGGAGGGAGAGGACGGGAUAUUAAAUAACAUGUCUUCUUUUGGAAGAGCUGUGGGCUUGCUUCGAGCCGGGACGCAGAUUCUCAGACGAGGCCCGCAGAAGAUGGUCGUCAGAAGGGCUGGCGGUGGAACUCACAUUGAGCCCCAGUACAGGCAGGCCCCUCAGGUCACCAAGAACCAGGUGUUCCAGGCAGAGCUGCUGAGCAGCGCCAUGUGGUUCUGGAUCCUCUGGCACCUGUGGCACGACCCGGACGCGGUGCUGGGUCAUUUCCCAUGGCCUGACGCCUCCCAGUGGACAGACGAGGAACUUGGUAUCCCUCCAGAUGACGAGGAGUGAAAAAGUCCGCUCCCCUCUCAGUGACAUAGAGAGUCCCCUUCCAUUUGCCAGACUGCUGAUCCGGAGUACAGGACCAUGUCUCCACAGUGAUGAGCAGGAGGUCUUCAGUGUUGUACAGAAAUCAAUAAAUUACCGGUUUUCACUA